UUCACAUCCCAUCCAUAUUGAAAUACAACAUUUCAACAGUUUUACAUAUGGAAAUGUAAGUUUAUUGAUGAGAAGUACUCACGGAAUUAAAUGAAAUUAGAAUACCACAAAACAAUGUGAUGUUGCAGUAUAAAAUCUGGCCUACCUCGAUGCGGUAACGUUUUCUAAAAGUAACCAUUCCUAGGGUAUAGAAGGGAUGGAAAUUGGAUAUUAAAUAAACACAUCAGUUACCAGAUGAAAGUUUACACCGAUGUCUCGCUGUGCAAUAAUAGGAUAGCGUCAGAUUCCUUUUAAAUCUGGUCGUUUAUUAAGGUUGAUUAUUUUGUUUAGUCUUAACAUGCUACGCAAGGUAACGAGAGCAUUCUCGACACCAGGAAGUGAUGUUCUAAACACAAUUAUAUUUUUUACUCAAUGAUCAGGAAGGAGAUUUAUAUAAAACGGGCUCCCAUUGAAUAGACAUUUUAAAGUGAAGUGAAGUUUCAAGAUGGAUGUUAACUCAAAUAACUCAGUUAUGGCGGACAGACUUGAUGAGUGGAAUGACGCGCUAUCCCAUAAUAUCAUCCCUGUUUCCGUCAUUCUGAUGGUAUACUUGGUCAUAGGGAUCAUUGGGAACUCCAUCGUCAUUUAUAUACAUACUGUCCAGCUUCAGAAAAGCUGGGAAGAAAGAUUUUUCAUACCAGUUUUGGCUUUUGUUGACUUGAUAUCGUGUGUCGUAAGUACUUCGUUUAGUUUCUCAAUAAACAUGCUUCCUGUGAAAUACAGCAACGACAGCGCGUGCAAAGUAAUGUUUUUCCUCAACAUGAUGUGCACGUUGAUGUCAGCGAUGAUGCUUGUCGUCAUAGCCAUCAAUAGAUACAGAAAAAUCUGUAAGCCGUUCAGCAAGCAAAUGAACAUGUUCUGGAAGAAAAUCGCCAUUGCUUGUGUCAUUGGAAUUUCUUUGGUUAUAUCCUGGCCUUGUUUCUUCUUCUACGGCUCCAGAGAGAUUUACGAUGACCACAGCCACACACGAGGAUAUCGAUGUACAAGUAUCCGAGGCCCGUGGUCAACAGUUCAACCUCUUAUAUUCAAGGCAGCUGUGAUGCUCCUGAUUUUUACCAUACUCGUGUCGCUUGUGGUAUUUUACGUAUUGAUAGGAAGGGUUGUGGUUAAGCAGAUGCUCUUCCACAAACAGAGGAAUUCUAAUUUUAGAACUUCCGACAUGUCAAAUGAAAGUAAAUCGCCAAAUUCAAAUUCCGUGGAUUUGUCAGAUAUUACUCAUGUAUCGGACACAAAUGAUGCGUCCGUAACUGACAAUAAGAACAGUUUGGAACUUGAUGGUUCACCAUCAACAGAAAAUAUUGAAAUACCAAGCACGGCGAACUCUGACUGUAGUCAAAAUAUGACCAAUAUUGAACUGAACAGCGCACGAUUCUCGACGACUAAAAAUGCCUUCCAGAUGGAUCCAAUCACAACGAGAAAGGGAAAUCACACGAGAACACGAGGGACGCGCCUCUCGCUGAUCUUUAUGCUGAUAACACUCGUGUUUCUUAUCUGUUAUGUACCGAAAGUCGGAAUGAUGCUUUACGAAUCUCAGAACGAGAAGUUUUGGAUCGAGCUUUCGCCCUCUGAGUUAUCAGGCUUCAGGUUCAUAUACACGGCCUUUAUCAUCAACAACAUCAUCAAUCCUAUCAUCUACGGUUUCUUCGACCGCCGAUUCCGUAACGAAGCAUAUAACGUGUGUCGAUGUGUAAAGAAAAAGCCAAUUCUUAGCGGAUAGCGUCAAGAUCAGACCUUGGAAAAUGGAAAUUCGAUAUCUAGUUUUCCGUCGACAACAAAAAAGCAUGAUCGACCUAUUUUUUAUCCUAACGUCCUGUUUUUAUUGGAACGUUGUUACCAAAGCAAUCAGUACCAUCUCCUUAACUGAACUCUCAAAUAACGCUUUGGAGGAUUGUAUCAUGUAUUGUGUAAGUAAACUAUAUCCUUAUCACAGGAAUAAUUGGUGUCAGGAAAGUGAUGUGGUACACAUUUGUGCUCAGAAAUCGCUUCUGUGAAUUUACGGAAGAAGCGUGGCCCUCUCGAGGCACUACACCGAUUCUGUUGAUGAUCUUCAGAGGUUGCUGAAUUGCUGGUACAUGUAUAUUGAUUAAUAAAAUUUAAUUAAAACUUAAUUUGCCUUCAAACAAAGCAAAGUGCAAUUAGGUUAAUUGUGAUAUGACGACCUAUACUAGUUUGUCAUUGAAAUAUGCAUAUACAUGUAUAAAUAUACAUAGCAGGCUGAUCUUGAUUAAACAUAUAUGCAUGAUAUCUUAAUUAUACAAAGGAAGAAGGAAGACAAUUUUAUGACUCGUGCCCUGAACGGCUAGGCAAUCAGAUGCUGUAGGUCGUGAGUUCAAAGCUCGGUCAGGGCACGAGUCAUGCAAUUGUUUUGUUAUAUUAGAAUUUGAAUAUUAAAACAAUUUAUCAUA